UAUUUUAAUGUCAGUUGUUAUAUAUUCUUUUCUUCAAACAGCAAAAAAACCGUUACUACUAUUUUUACAUGGAAUGGGAGGAAGCAGUGAUUUAUGGCGACAACAGCUGUGGUAUUUUGUUUGCUGUGGUUAUGAGGUUGUUGCGCCAGACUUGCUAGGCCAUGGGUUAAGCUCAGCUCCCAGGGAUCCAUCUCAGUACACCUUUUCACAAAUGCUUGAUCACAUUACUCUUGUCUUUGAUCUUUUUAUACCUCAAGGACGAAAGUGUGUUGUGAUUGGACAUGGUUAUGGGGCAUCAUUGGCUGCAGCACUAGCGAGAGGACGUCCAUUAUCUGUAAGGUUGGUGGUUUUGGUAAGCUGCGGUGGACCGACUCCACUUAUCCCAAAUCCUCCAGCCAAGUCCAUUAUGUAUUCAUACCUAGCCGCAAUUCUGAGUCCAUUUCUGUCAUGUGGCUGUUGCAGCCGUGAUAUUUUAUAUUCACCUAGAGGAAAACAUUUUGCUGCAAGCACUUUGUCUGGACACUCAGUGACUCCAACUCCAAGAUAUGUUUUGGAAUAUGUUGCCAAAGGUCAGAACUGGCCAGAAGGAGAUGUUGCUUUCCAUCGACGUAUUACAGUGCCAACCCUCUUACUUCAUGGUAUGAAAGAUGAUCGUGUUGGUCUUGUGGAAAUGUGUGAAAUGGAGAAGACAAUUCCAAGAGCCUUUUUAGAAAUGAUUCCUGGGGGAGGUCACGAGUUAAUGACUGAUGCUCCACUGGAAGUAUGCCGUGCUGUACAUCGUUUUAUCAAGAGGUGGCAACAUCACUUGUAAUGGGCUUCUUUCAGUAUAAAUAAACUUGUGGAAAAUGCUUAAUGUAGGACUUUAGAGGCAUGUGAAAGAACAUAGUAUUUGUAUGGCAUGCAAAAGGCAGUAAUUGUUUAUUGUAGCUUUUAGAGUUUUGUACAUACAGGCGGCCCGCGGUUAACGGCGCAAUCGCUCAGCGGCGAAUCA